AUGCCAAGGCUUAUCUUCAUUUCACUCCACUUGGUGCUAGCUAAUGGCUUCCACAACCAUUUUCCAUCUAAUUUACCCAUUCAAAACCUCUCUAAACCCAUCAUUCCAUAAGCCCACAUCCAUCAAAUGCACUUCAGAUCAGUCACCAGACUUCCCCUCUCCGGACACGUCAACCACCACCAGCCAGGACACCUUUCCCAUAGAAAAACGACGAAAAUCAGAAAUCCUUAGAGACCGAAAAUCCAAGGCUGGGCUUGUAAAAACCGAGCCACCCAACUUUGAAAUUGGGUGGAAGAGGACUGUUCCUAUCCCGCUAGAGAAGCCUGUGGGUUAUGUAAUAAUGGACUAUUUGGAGAAACUGGAGGAACUGAUGAGUAAGGAGUACGGAUCAACCGCGUUGUUGGCUAAAGUAGGGGAGAUUGUGGCCGAGAGAGCGAGAGAAGAAGCCGAGGAUUUGAAAGAGGAUGGGAAAGUGGAAGACAGGAUGGUGACUGAGCUUUUUCGGGUUCUAAAGCUCAUGGAAAUGGAUCUGGCUAUGGUGAAAGCUGCUGUGAAAGAAGAGACCUUGAAUGAGAGGAUCCAACAAGCCAAAGCUAGGUGUCGUCAAGCCAUUCUUGUUGCUAAUUCGUUUUGAUUUCUGAUCACUUUUUUGGAAUGUGCACCUUGACAUAACAUAUUUUACGUCGGUCAUUUUCAUCAUAUAUUAUAUAUGGAGUUUCUGAUA